GUUCCUGUCCACACAUUAAGCAGAAGCUGUGCUGCAUCUUCAUCUGGCAUCAGAACCAACACAUCAGCUGAUUUCUCACCAACCUCAUCUGGUUCUUCCUCUCCAGCAUCGCCAAACUUCAUGCUUUAUGGAAAACAAGACUCCUGGUCCAGACAUCUUGCUCCUGGAGGGUUUGAAGGUCACUCCUCAGUCCUCUGUCCCAGCCUUCAUCCUCCUCCUCGUCAUCUACAUCUUUGUGAUGCUGUCAAACAUCGGCCUGAUAGCUAUGAUCACCCAAGAGAGGAGCCUGCAUCAACCCAUGUUCCUGCUAUUCUGUAACAUGGGCACCAAUGACGCGGUCGGGGCCACGGCCAUCAUCCCUCGCCUGCUGAGUGACAUCUUCACUCCAACCUCGCACAGACUCAUCCACUACAGCAGCUGCGCCCUGCAGGCCUUCUGCGCCCAUGUUCAUGCAAGCGCCUCUCACACCGUUCUCAUGAUCAUGGCCUUCGACCGCUAUGUGGCCAUUUGCAACCCGCUACGCUACCCCACUGUAAUGACCAACCGGAUGGUUGUGAAGCUGUCGGUGGGGGCGUGGACGGUGGCUUUGUCGUUGGUGUUGGUCCUGGUGGGGCUCAGCGUCCGCCUGUCCCGUUGCAGGGGGGUCAUUUUCAACCCGUUCUGUGACAACGCCUCGCUGUUCAAGCUGUCCUGUGAGAGCGUCCUGAUCAACAACAUCUACGGCCUUGCCUACACCGUGGUUCUGCUGGGCUCCUCUCUGGGUAGCAUCGCGCUCACCUAUCUGAGGAUCGCCAUGGUGUGCCUCAUCAACAAGAGAGGGAUGAAAAACAGCCGGGCCCUGCAGACCUGCGCCACCCACCUCAUCCUCUACAUCAUCAUGUUUGUUUCAGGAGGCAUCAUCAUUCUCCUUCAUCGCUUUCCUGACUUAGAGGACCAAAGGAAGUUAGCUGCCAUCAUGUUCCAUGUGGUCCCUCCAGCCAUGAACACCAUUAUCUAUGGACUGCAAAUCAAAGCUGUGCGCCAGAAGAUCUUCAUCAUGUUCAACAAGAACACGGUGGCAGAUACGAAGUGAUCAAAUCAAAAAGAUCCCCAUGAAAAUAAGUUCUCAAUGUUCCACAAACAGGACCUUCUCUCUUGAUGUUCCCACCUGGAACACUAGGAGGAACAUCCACUUAAACAUUAAGGUCCUCAAGCAUGUUUGGGAACUUUAACCUGGAGGUUUAUGGAUCCAAAAACAGAUUUUUCUGUAUUCACACAUAACUAUUAUGAUCCAGGCUGUAAGGAGGCAAAGAGAAUGUCAGGAAAAAUUAGGAUUCAACUGUAAUGAUUAUUUAUUAGAGUGGAAGUUUUUACAGAGCAGAAACAUCUGUUACAGAAAAUGUACUAAUUUAAAAUAAAUCUUUUAUUUAACUAAA